CUUUACUAUAUAGCUGCUUCAUUACAUUGUCACAUUUUCAUUGCAGAAAAGAAGAUGGGAUUGCACAACUUCCGGAUAGCAUUCCUAGUUCUUGUACUCUGUUGUAUUCCUGUUGCCUAUGGUUGGGGCAUCGAUGGGCAUCUCAUUAUAUGCAGACUCGCACAGCCGAGGUUGAGUAAGUCGGCGGCAGAUGCUGUAUCGCAACUUCUUCCAGCCUACGCCGAUAAUGAUCUUGGAAGCUUGUGUUCGUGGGCUGAUCGAGUCAAGUUCCGUUAUCACUGGUCUUCACCUCUUCAUUACAUCAAUACUCCAGACAACCUCUGCACAUAUCAGUACAAGAGGGAUUGCAAAGAUGAAGAUGGCAUAGAAGACAGGUGCGUAGCAGGGGCAAUCAACAACUACACAACUCAGCUUCUGAGCUAUGGCAACGGCAAUUCUGCUUCCGAGUAUAAUCUUACGGAAGCGCUUCUCUUCUUAUCUCAUUUCAUUGGAGACAUUCAUCAGCCUCUGCAUGUAGGAUUUACUUCAGACAGGGGAGCAAACACGAUUGAUGUCCGUUGGUAUAGGAGAAAAGAAGUUCUUCAUCAUGUAUGGGACAGCAAUAUUAUUGAGACAGCAGAAAAGAGGUUUUAUGAUUCUAAUGUCGAGGAACUGAUUGAUACGCUCCAGAAGAACAUAACGACUGUAUGGUCUAAACAAGCAAAGGCGUGGGAGGCCUGCGCUAAGACAGCUUGUCCAGAUGUAUAUGCAUCUGAAGGUAUUAAAGCAGCCUGCGACUGGGCAUAUAAAGGAGUGGAAGAAGGUUCAGUUCUUAAUGAUGACUACUUUCUGUCCCGUGUACCAGUUGUGAAUCUGCGGCUGGCGCAGGGUGGAGUCCGCUUGGCUGCCACACUCAACCGUAUAUUUGGAUGAUGCACAUUUCAACUCUGCCCUAAAACAAGUGACAUAGAUGAAAUCUUGUGUGCAGACCACCUGGUACCGUAGGAAGCCGCUAAAAACCUAUGCUUGAAGUUCUGAGGAUUAAUUCCCAAGCAAUGGAAACUACGCAGUUCUGCAAGCCCAUUUUGUGAUCAUUGGCUGAUGAAUGUUUAUUUUCUAUGAUUGUCCAAAGAUCUUGUCAAUUACAAUUCAUAAUAGUUACUUGAUGGAACUGUUCAAAUAGUUGUAAAACCAAAACAUUAUAUGUAAAUUCAAGUACCAUAAGUUUAAGCUAGAGAAUAAAAUGGGCUACCUUUAACAAAAAGGGUAGAUUAUAUCA